UAGUUUUUCUGCUAUGGUAAACAAAAGAUCGGCUAAUUUACCCUUUGCUGCUUGAACCACUUUCAGAUCCCAUAGAAGGCUGAACUGGAGUUCUGGUGGUUUAGGACUGCCAGUGAUAUUUGCUGAUAGGACCUUAGAAUCAUGAGUAUAUCGCAUACUAUACUUCUCUUGUACCCAGUGAAACUGUUCCUGUUUUGUGCAGUACUGGGCUUCCUAACUGUGCAUUGCUUUAGUGGUGAAAGGGAACCUCUUCUUCAGCUAAAUGGAGUCAACAUGAGCCUAGGCAAAGGCAGAUGGGCCCGAUCAGUAAGCAACCCUCCGCAGCCGAUUGAUUGUGUGCUUUCCAGCUGGUCACCAUGGAGCACCUGUGAUCCCUGUCAAAAGAAAAGAUACAGAUUUGCACGGGUGGAACGGCCUUCUCAGUUCAAUGGAGACCCGUGUGACUACUCUGACAAAGAAAAAGAAGAUUGUGUUACAAACAGUCCUUGCAGAAAUAAAGUUAGAUGUGAAGGCUUUGUAUGUGCGAUUACAGGAAGAUGCAUUACACGGAGGUUGCUUUGCAAUGGAGAUGAUGACUGUGGGGAUCAGUCAGAUGAGAAAAACUGUAAAAAGGUGUAUAGAAAAUGCAACCAGAAGAUGGAGCAAUACUGGGGAAUAGAGAAUCUGGCAAGAGGGUUAAAUAUCCUCACAAACAAUCUGGAAGGUUUGGUUCUUGAUCACAGGUACUAUGCUGGGGGAUGUACUCCACAUUAUAUUAUGGAUACCAGGUUUAGAAAACCAUACAAUGUAGAAAGCUACUCCCCAGAGACCAAAGGCAAAUAUGAAUUUACAUUGACUGAAUACGAAUCUUAUUCAAGUUUUGAAGAAAAUAUCCUUAGGGCAAGAGCUUCGCAGACUAGCUAUAGCUUUGGAAUAAAGAUACCGGGAGUGUUUGAACUUGGUUACAGUUUAAGUGACAACAGGUUCAAGAAGUUCAUUCAAAGGACGAAAAAAUUUUCUGCAACUUCUAGCAAAUUUAUUCAUGCCCGUUCUGAGCUGGAUGUGGCCCGUUAUAAACUGAAGCCUCGGACUCUGAUGCUCCAUUAUGAGUUCCUGCAGAGACUCCAUCAGCUGCCUUUAGAGUAUAGCUAUGGUGAAUACAGAGAACUCUACAGAGAUUAUGGGACGCACUACAUCACUGAAGCUACUCUUGGAGGCAUCUACGAAUACACGUUAGUUGUGAACAGCGAAGAACUCCAAAAGGCAGGUUACUCUUUAAGUGACAUCCAGGCCUGUGCACAGCGUGGCUUUAACGUUGGUGGAAAUAUCUAUGGAGUUUAUAUAAGUUUGGGAAUGUCAGCUGCUGGCUGUAAGGCUGUUUUAAAUGAAAUUGGAGACAGCAUCGGGCAAAAGCAAGUUGUGGAAGAUUUCAUAGCCCUCGUUCGUGGAGGAGGGAGUGAGCAUAUCACAACACUUGCCUACAAAGAUCUGCCAACUGCUCAGCUAAUGCAGGAGUGGGGAGAUGCAGUACAGUACAACCCUGAAAUCAUAAAGCUAAAGGCAGAACCCCUGUCUGAACUGGUGACUUCAACGGACUUUGCAAAUGCAAAUACACUAAGGGAAAAUAUGAAGCGUGCCCUUGUAGAGUUUCAGCUGGAGACCAGUUCCUGUCAUUGUGCUCCAUGCCAUGGCAAUGGAAUUACCUUUCUGAAAGAAACUCGCUGUGAAUGUAUAUGUCCUAUAGGAUAUCGUGGUAUUGCCUGUGAGAUCACAGAAAGAAAAGAUGUUGCUAUAGAUGGAAACUGGGGUUGCUGGUCCAGCUCGUCUGCAUGCUCUGGAGGACAACGGAUGACAAGAAGACAGUGCAAUAAUCCUGCCCCACAAAAUGGUGGCAAGCCAUGCACAGGGCCAGAUGUUGAAACUAUUAGGUGUUAAGGAAAAUUCUUAAAAAUAUAUAAACUAAAAUGACUACCACCUUGCAAAGUUAGUGGGAAGAUAAUUAUAAUUGACUUGAUCAAGCCUCUUUAUUCCUCGUUAAGGGCCUGAUCCAAUGCACACUGAAGUCAACAGUAAGACCUAACAGGUAUUGGAACAGGAUUAGUAUUUUUAAUAUGAGUCAUUCUGAUUUGACAUGCUGCAUAAUUGUCCUGCAGGAUUAAGUGUCCUUGUUCGUUUUAAUACUGUGGCUUUGCUAUAGGCCUUUAUUUCAAUGGACUAAUCAAACAAAACUUUAUUUCUUGCAUUAUGUGAUACCUGUUGAUUUUUCUUGAGUUUUAAUCUAAUGUGUUCUCCGAUUCCCCUGAGAUAGGGAAAAGGGCAUUUUAUCUUGGAUACACAGGAAAGCAGAUGUGACUCCUCAGAAGACAGCUGUGUCAUGUUGAGCAAAAUGCAGAAAAUUAAAAACUAAAUCCGCAUCAGAGCAAUAGCAUCGAAUGUGAAAUUUGAGUCAGAUGUGGCCAUGCUAGCCCAGGUUCCCAAUUUACUGGUUUUAACAUAAAUUGUUCAUCCUAUUAGAAAUCGUCUUGAAGGAAAGAGAAUUGAAUUGAGUAGUACUCUCAAAUACACUCUCAAAUGCAUGCUAAACUGUGCAAUAAUUUGUACUCUUAUUCAUGUGUAGCCCCCGGCCUAUUCACUGGCCCAGCAAGAUGUUAUUUAAGAUAGGGGAAAUCUGCCUUGUAACUUUUUACAUAACUUUGGGAAACUGGGCCUGAGGCUCCUCUGUGUGCUCUGCGUUGUGUCAGUGUGUAUUCACCUCAGAUCAGACCCACUCAGACAACCACCAGGAACAAGAGCAAGACUUCAUUCUGUAAAGAAACACGGAACAGGAUUACAGCCCAGCAGCCUCCUCUCUGCUUGCCUGCCUCUUGCUUCCAGCUUCAGUCAGUGCUGAAACUUCCUGCUGGGAGGGCAGAGGGUACAUACUGGCAGGAACCAGGAAGGUCUCCCAACAUGCCGCAGUCUGUAGCCCACAAUGGAUGGUUCCCAUGGCUGCUGCUGAAGCACCCAGGACCUUGGGCUGCACAUGGGAUAAGCUUUCCAUAGAACAAAUACAUUUAGAAGGAGGCUGGAGCAUAAUAUCAAAAAGGCAAUUAAAGAAAUGAAAAUCACGAAUUUUGAAGUAUGCAACACCAUGCCCCAGGAUGAAUACUGUAUCCCAUGGAUGUUGUGGCCAAACAGGAAGUAGUGUAUGGAAAAUGAUGUCUCAGAAUGAGGUCAUAAUGCAAGCCAAUCAGCAUUCUACUUUACAUUCUCCAAAAAUAUCACUGUCUUGGGAACAGCUCUAGCAAUGAUGGCAAAACUAGCCUUCAUUGUCACAGAGGUGGGCCAAUUGCUCCACUGUUUGGUCCCCCUGCACACCUCGGUGUUUCAGCAUACUCACUGCUAAUCCAGCCUGUUCAAAUAUUUGAAAUAUGGAGAGGCCAGCAAACAAACCAUAGCUAGUUUCUUUUUGCUAUCUUCAUGCAUUUCUAAUGUACCUAUCAUUGUUGCCCCGGGUUCUCAAGACUCUUAUCAAAUUCUGUGUGAAACGGGUCAGAAACAUUCACCUCUGCCCUUGUUUUAGCCACUGACCUGAGCAAUAUUGCUCUGGUGGUUGCCUCCUACUCCUUUCUUGUGUCUUCAUUAUUGGAUGAUGACCUUUGCAAAGACAUUAGUCCGUAGGUGCCCAUGCUGUGUAAUAACUAUAGUCAUGUCAGUGUUCCAGCAAAACUAUGAAUAUGGCAACAUAUGCAAAUAUUUAUCUGCUUGCCUAUUUGUUGUAGGUUUGUAACAUUUGCAAGGACAAAUAUUCUUUUGUCUGGUUUUCCAGUCCUUGCCACUUACUGUCCUUUCUAAAUGACAGUCUCUUUAUGCAAGUCUGCUAAAAAGAACUCAUGCUCACUGACAUUUUAAACAAUGGAACAUACAUUUGAUUUUAAUCCUCAUGCUGCCUACACAGUUAUGGACUAGGUCCUUGUGACAGCAUUAAGAAAGGAAAAACAUGUUGCAUAUAUAAAAGCAGAAAAUGCUCUUCUCAUAACGAGCUACAUAAUUGAGCUGCCAACCCAAAAACGCUUCCGUUUUUAUGCUGUAAUUGUUAAUGUUUUUAUGUGCUGGAAGUUUGCCAGGAGGCUCAUUAGGGUCCCCAUCAAAGAGGGCACAGUCAAAGCGAAAUAUAUUUAAAGGGAUACCAGCAUGGCUGUUAGACAGAGAACCCUGAUUAACCAACAUUGUUGCAUCUCACAGGUGUCCAUGCAACUUGUAUGUAAACAUGCAGUGCCGCACUCGAGUUCUCCCUGCUUCGAAACAGGCAGAGGAUGGAAAUUAAGAAGGUAUCUUGCUCUACAAGAGUAUGUUCUGUUUUGUAUUUCACCAGCUUUCCUGAGCAGGCAGAUCAGAGGCUCACAUGCACAUCCAUCAACUGCAUCUGCAGUCACAAACAAACGUUGUAACCUGACUUUGAAAGAUCCACCAAGCAGAUAAAUAUUUUAUCAGUGUUUCAGGCUUGGGGUGAAGGGUAACAGAUAGUUCAAAAUCAGCCGGACACAUUUUAUUUAAGUAUAAUUUCUGUUGGAGAUUCAAUUUGGGGCCUGUAAGCCUGGGAAGUCUUCCUUAAAAGUCAGAACUUUAUUUUGUCCUUGUGGUUUUUGAACUAACUUAUGAUUUAUUAUGGCCUAGGGUAAUAUAAAAUCAUGAUGCACAAGCUUUUAUUGUUUCAUUUAGCUACAUAUUAAAUAAUGCUAACGUUUUAUUGAUGGUUCUAAUUUCUGUGGAAAUUUGUAUUAAUAUUUCACAUAUGAAGACACGAGAGAGCUACAGUAAAAAAAAUCUAAUUGUA